AGAGUCCUCUCUUUGCCUUCGUCAUUCAUCAUCAACAUCUUGGAUUUCUUCACUUUUUUUUCAUCUCUCUGUGUCGCUUCACUGUUUCAUUCUAGAGAUCGCAUCACAUGGAAGACCGCAAGGAGAAGGCUGCCCCAUGGCUAUCUGUACCGCAGUUUGGGGACUGGGACCAAAAGGGACAGGUGCCGGACUACUCGCUCGACUUCUCAAAAAUCAGGGAAAUGAGGAAGCAGAACAAGAGGGAUGUCUCAAGAGCGAGUCUUGGAAAUGAAGAAGAGCUCGUCGCCCCACCAACCACCAAUGCCGACACCAGGGAGACCGACCAUCACCAUUACCAUCAGAGUCACUCUCCCACGGGAAGGAGGAGCAUCCUCGGCUGCUUCAGCUGCUGUGUAAAAGCCUGAGAUUCAAGCAGCGACAGUAGCAUGUCACGUUCAAAUACUGUAAUGAUAGUGCAUUAGGAGAUUGAUCACCACUUUCCCGCUUUGCUUUCUCUUCUUGACAUUACUCUAGAUUACCCGUUCCCCGGCUUUGUUUUCUUUUCUUUACAUUGCUCUUUUCAGACAGACUGGAAUGAAAAUGUGCCUGUGAAUGUGAUGAUAAUCUAUUCUUCAUUUCGUUUUCUUUUC